AUAGUUGACAUGCGAGAGUUGAGAAUGGGUUGAGCACGGCGAACUGUAAUCCAAUGCAAUGGCGUAGUAGCAAUGUAGGGAAGUGGGGGUUGUUAGUCCAGUCGUUAUUUGUUGAUGUGAUGUAUUAGAACUUUGUUAUAAAAUGGAUAAUCCUCAACUAGAUACCGGUUCACAGCAUCACGAACUUUUCUUACAAGAGAUAGAAGGAAUUGACGACUACUGGGGACCGACAUUCAGAGCCAUCUAUGAUGGGGAUGAACACCAGAAGUUUAUGGAGCGCCUGGAUGCUCGAAUCAAAAGCCAUGACAAAGACAUAGAACGCAUGUGUAAUUUCCAUUAUCAGGGCUUCAUUGAUUCCAUAAGAGAACUUCUCCAAGUAAGGUCCCAGGCCAAGAACUUAAAUAGUGAAAUUGUUGAAAUUGAUCAAGAAUUACAGACAUCGACAGCCAAUGUUCUGGUGAAAGGGGAGGCGCUAGUUCAGGCUCGCAAAGUGGAAAGUAAUAUAGCUUCAGCAAUUAAGAAUCUGUCAUUAUGCCUUCCUGUCCUCACAACAUAUGCCAAACUCCAACGACAAAUGAAAGAAAAACGGUACUAUCCAGCCCUGAAGACACUGGAACAACUGGAGCACUUGUAUUUGCCUCAAGUUGCAAAUUACCGAUUUUCACAUCAAAUGAAGCAGAACAUACCAAAGCUGAGAGAAAACAUAAAGGAAGCUUCCAUGUCAGACUUAAGGGACUUUUUAGAAAACAUCCGAAAAUUCUCACCAAAAAUUGGCGAAGUUGCCAUGAGGCAUACUGCUGAGCAACUGGGCAGUGAUCCAGGUAUUAUUGGCAGAAAGAAAAGGCAAGCUCCACCACUACCAAAUCCUUUCACUGGCGAAGUAGAUUAUGAGCAACCUGCGGAGAGUACGUAUGAUGCUGAAGAAGAUCUGAGUGCACAAGACCUAAUUGAUUUCUCUCCUGUCUAUCGAUGCUUGCAUAUCUACACAGUGUUGGGUUCAAGGGAAACUUUUGAGACAUACUAUAGGAAGCAGAGGAAAAAGCAGGCCCGCCUUGUUCUCCAACCACCUACAAACAUGCAUGAAACUAUUGCUGGAUAUCAAGCCUACAUACAUGGUAUUGUGGGUUUCUUUGUAGUUGAAGAUCAUGUAUUGAAUACAGGGAAUGGCUUGGUGAACCGAACUUAUUUGGAUGAAGUUUGGAGCAUGGCCCUGUCUAAAAUAGUUAAUGCCUUACGAACACAUUCGGCCUAUUGUACAGAUGCAACUCUUAUGCUCAAAAUAAAGAAUUUGAUUAUGUUAUUCAACACUACUCUCAGGAACUAUGGUUACUCGGUGAAUCAGCUGUUCGACUUGUUACAUGAAAUUCGAGAUCAUUACAAUGAGGUGCUUAUGCAACGCUGGGUUCAGGUGUUCAGGGAAAUACUUGAUGAGGAGAGUUUUCUUCCUAUACAGGUGUCCUCCCAGGCAGAGUAUGAUAAUGUCGUGGAGUCAUUUCCAUUUCAUGAUCAAGCUCUGGAACUUACACCUUUUCCGAAGCGAUUUCCAUUCUCACCGUUAGUGCCCAAGGUGUACCAGCAGGUUAAGGAAUUUAUCUAUGCUUGCCUCAAGUUUUCCGAAGAUCUCAAUCUGAGUCAAGCUGCGGUGGAUGAUAUGGUCAGAAAAUCAACUAACUUGCUUCUUACGAGAUCUUUCAGUGGUUGUCUCUCCUCUUUGUUUCGCAAGCCAAGCCUGGCUCUUCUCCAAGUGAUACAGAUUAUAAUUGACACUGGUUACCUAGAGAAUGCAACAGUCUACUUGGAGGAGUUUGUGUCCAACAUCACAGGUGCUCCAAAAGAGAGUCACAUGGGUUCACGUGGUCAAGGCCAGUCAUCAAUGUUUCGUGUUGCACGUGAUGAUGCAGAGCAUCAGAUAUGUGACAAAUUGAAAUGGAAAUUGGAUGAGUUCUUGGAACUAGAAAACUACGACUGGUUGCUAGUGGAGCCGAAAGGGCACGCUUCCAGCUUCAUUACUGAUCUCAUUGCUUUUCUCCAGAGCAUAUUCAUUUCAUUCACAAAUUUGCCUCCAGAAGUAGCCCAAGAAGCCUGCAAAUCAGCAUGUGAACACAUUGCGAAGUCAGUGUUGGGCUUCAUGCUUAGUGAAGAUGUGAAGCAGAUAUCAAUGGGAGCACUGCAACAAGUCAAUCUGGAUACCAUUCAGUGUGAACAGUUUGCAGCGUCAGAGCCCGUAGCAGGACUUGAAGAGGGAGCUCUGUUGCAUUAUUUUGCCGACCUGCGUCAGUUGCUAGAUCUGUUUAUGACAUGGGACUGGCCAACAUAUUUCCAUGAUUAUGGUCAAGAAAACAGCAAGUACCAGCAGGUCAACCCAAACACAGCCAUCAUAUUGCUGGAGAAGUUACGUGAAGCAGACAAGAAGAAUGUUUUCUCAGUGCUGAAAAAGAGCGAGCGGGACAAGAAGAAACUUUUGGAAACAGUUCUGAAGCAGUUAAGGCAGCUGGCCCUCACAGCACAGCAGCAGUGAAUGAUAUUAUUGUUAAGUUCAGGGCAAGUUCAGCUACUUUGCAGCAAAGCAGUAUCAUUAAUAUGUCAUUACUUGUGAGACGUGAUGUCAUGUAGUCUGGUGGAAGAAAGGAUGAUGCUGUCUCUUUCUGUGGGGUGGAAUAGUAAGCCAUGAAAGCAAACAAGCAGAGUGACAGCUACACUGCUUGCUGCAUCCUCGACUUACUCUUUGGCUUAAAGACUGAUUUAGUACAACCCUCAAAGGUCAGUAAACUUAUGCCAGACUACAUAGCGUCACAAUGUACAUGAUAGUACUCUUCAUUGGUAUUGCCACGAGAACCUCAGACGUCAUGUGUUAUUUCUUAGAUUGUUGUAGUUGCUAUACAUGGAAAAUAAAUUUGAUUAUAUUUUGCCAU